GCUAAUGACAGCAGAUCCAAAUCCGCGAAUUUAUGUUUUGCGAGGUCUUUUGAAAAGAAGUGAUACAUUUCGGUUUUGAUUAAUAUUGGAUGAACUGAUUAGCCUAAUACUGGUAUCAUGGGAAGCAAAGAAAAGGAAGCCAUUGUAAUUGUUCUAGAUGUGGGUCCAUCUAUGAACCAAGCUCCUCCUGGUAACUGUACGACCCUUGAGACGGCACGGGAUGUCAUCACCAUGAUUCUACAGAGGAAGGUGUUUGCCGAGUCUAAAGACGAGAUUGCCCUAAUCCUCUUUGGCACUCCUGGAUCAGCGAACAAAAUGGACUAUGAUAACAUCACGGUGGAAAGGCCCUUCAGAUUGGCUGAUCUUGAUCUUAUUCAACACAUCAGGAGCAACAUCCAAGCAAGCACAGAGUCAGGAGACUUUGUUGAUGCUCUUAUCGUUGCCAUGGACCUGAUCCACGAUGCUACUUCCGAGAAGGCGUCAAAGUUCACGAAGAAUCGCAUCAUUCUCUUCUCUGAUCUGGGAGGAGAGUUUGCAGACGACAAGCUUCAGAAUGUGACCCAUAGCCUCAAAGCCAUGAAGACGGAAGUUAACAUGAUAGGACUUCCAUUUGACAACACAGACGGAGGUGGUGAUGGCGAUGAUGCCCGUGAUCAGCCGUCCACCAGCCGAGGUCGUGGGCCGCCACGAAAGGUGAAGACCCCACAACAGAUGGCUGGAGAGAGGCUGGUUAUGAACAUUGUGGAAGAAGUGAACGGAUGCAUCUAUUCAUUCGACGAGGUGAUCCCAGCAGUGACCAUGUUUGAGAAGAGGGCAGUCAGACCUACGCCAUGGAAGGUCAAUCUAGAGAUUGGAUCAGAACUCAAAAUACCAGUCUCAGGGUAUCUCAAGGUGAAAGAAGCCACCGCUAAAAGCUGGAAGUCCACCUUCCAGAAAGGUCACAGGGAGUUCACCCCUCAGACUAUCCGCUCUAAGCAUCUCAACGAUGACGAAGAAACAGAAGUAGAAAAGGAGGACCAGGUGGAAGGUUAUCGCUAUGGUAACGACAUCAUCCCAAUCUCAGAGGAGGAUAAGAAAAACAUGGAUUACAAGAAACCUGGCAAAGUGAUGCAAGUCCUUGGAUUCACUAAAGAUAGCAAAAUCAAAAAGCACCAGCAAAUAGGCAACAGCGUGUACAUCUUCUACGCCCAACCAGACGACCAGGCAGCGGCGAUGUCUUUCUCGGCUCUCGUCAAUGCUCUUUACGAGACCAACUCGGUGGCCAUCGUUCGGAGAGCCUACUCGGGUAGUAGCGCCCCAAGGAUUGGCUUCUUGGCCCCACACAUCAAAGCUAAUUAUGAGGCGCUCUUCUACAUUGAGCUUCCCUUUGCUGAAGAUCUCCGGAUGUAUACCUUCAUGUCAUUAGACAACAACAAGAGAUGCCAGCCAUCAGAGGAACAACUCGCAGCAGUUGAUAGUCUCAUUGACAACAUGGAUUUGAUGACAGCAGAAGAAGAUGAAGACGGAGAUACAGAGGCCCUGAAACCAAAGAACACCUUAAACCCAUACACUCAAAGACUAUGUCAGUGCCUAAUGCAUCGCGCAUUGAACCCAGAUGACCCCAUACCUGGCAUUGAAACAGCGAUAGCCACCUACCUACAACCUUGCAGGGCUGUAGCUGUCCAGUGCGAACCUGACGUAGAGGCGAUGCAGAAGCUCUUCAAGCUGGAGAAGGCCAAAGCCAAGGAAAAUGUCACAGGAGACAGCAUAUGGAAAGCCAGUGAUGGGGGUGAUGGGGAACCAGCGCGUAAGAAGGCAAAGGUCGAUGAUGAGGUCAACGGAGGUGAUCUCAGUAUGGCUGGAAUGGCAAUAGGGGUUGUCACAGAGGUCGGUACAGUUGAUCCAGUUGGAGAUUUCAAGGCCAUUAUCUCACAGAAAGAUGAAGAUAGAUUCAAGGAAGCUGCUGGUCAGAUGGGAAAGAGGAUCCUACAGCUGGUCAAGGAAUCCUUUGGAUCCCAGCUCUACGGUAAAGCCUUGGACUGUCUCAGGGUCUACAGGGAACAAGCAAUACAGCUGAGCGAACCAGAAACAUUCAAUGCUUAUCUGAGGAAACUGAAGGAUGAACUGAAAGAACUCUUGAAAGUAGAUUUCUGGCAAGAUGUAACAAAAGAUGGUCUCACACUGAUCGAUGUUACAGAAGCAAGGGACAGCAAAGUAUCUAAAGAUGAAGCUGACAAGUUUAUUCAGGAGGAGGAAGUUCCAAUGGAAGACGAGCCAGCUGCAGCCAAUGAGGAAGAAGAUGCUGAUGAUUUGCUGGAUAUGUUGUAAAGUUCUGAACCCCGUCAAAACUCACAUCAAAACCAGGUGAAGUUAACUCCUUCAUCGUCCAAUGUGCUCAACUCAACUCUUCAACAGUUGGCCUUGUAAUGUAUGGUUGUUCCUUCACACAGACAAUGAUCUCCAAAAGAUGAGCAUUCUUCCCUUAAUUUAACUGAAAUUAUGUACAGAUAAAGCAAUUUUUUCAUGUCCGUUGGUCAUUCUUCUCCAUCGAUUACCUCAAGCAGAAGCCUGUUGCAUAUUAAGACAUGCAUUGCAAGUUUGUAUGCACAGUUGCAAAUAUUCAAAAAAAUUAUUCAGAAGUAGAAUAUUUUCUACAUUUUUUUAUUUUUUUUACUGUAGUAGUUGAAAUUAAUCAUGAUCAUUAUUAUUGUUAUAGUUCUUUUUUUAACUUUGAAAAAUCUUUCGAUUUUAUAAUUUCUUGAUGCUGUCCAUUUAUAAUUACAUGCAAACUGUAGAGAAACAGUACCUUUUUUUAAAAGUAGUGAGCUGUUAUUAAUGCAAUAUUCUGGAAAUUGAAAUGUAUUUAUAUUGUUAAUAAUACUUGCCCAGCCUUCGUAGCCAUGAUUUAAGUGUAGAAUGAUUUUUGUUGGACCAAAAAUUCCACAUAGGUAUACACUAUUCGGGACAUUAUGUAUGGUAAUCCUACUCUAAACUUACAGAGAAAUAUAUUCAUUUAAAGAAUAAGAACCAAGAGUUUGGAAAGGCUAGAGGUGUUGGAGAUCUGAUACAGGGAAUAAGUAAUAUUUUGGCUCAAUUCAGACACAUAAAUCACUAAUAUUUUAUCAACUUGCUAAGCUGACCUAGCUGCAAAUAUGUGAGCCAAAAGCUGCAGGGCAAUUACAUAUAAACAUCCUAGUCAUUAUAUCGAAUUAUUAUACAAGUAGAGCAUGAUUGUCAGUUGGUAAUGCCUUAGAAUUGUACAUAAACUGGAAGACAUCUUACUUCUGAGUAUAGACAUAUCCAUUUGCCAUAGGAUGGGAUUUCUUCUAAUAUUACCUUUAACAUUCCAUUCAAAGGUUGUAAAAGAAAUGCAUAUCAUAGCAUUGUAGAACAUCAUUUAUCUACAAAAUGCUAAUGUAUGCCUGAUUACUAAAGCUAUAGACAAUUAUUCAUUUUGAUAAGGUGUCCCUAUCACUUAUGUCAGUUUUGUUUGUUUAUGUUAGCUGGUUAUUCAAAUCCUUUUGAAAUAUUGUAAGAAUCAAUCAGUUUUGUGCUUUCAUUUUAGGUCAUAUAAUCUAAUCAUUAAUGUCACAAGAUAUGUAUUGAGAUGAAUAGUAGUUUUCAUCUUAACUGUUUAAUUUGUUUUUUCUAAAUUCCUGGUGAAGUUCCCUUAGAUCCCAAAUUGUUUGAGCUAUUCCUAUAGGAUGUGCGUGUAAUCCUUCUGUUAUUGGCCAGGAGAUCCUGCUCUUUGAAUAAGCUAAAAUUCCUGUCUCACAAGAGUCACAAAUGAUCAUUCACCUAAGCUAGAAGAUAAUGAUAGAGCCGCUAAUGGUGUUCUUUAUUGUCUUUAAUAGUGAUUAGGAGAUGAUCAGCUUACCAAGAUCCUGUUACUAAUCACACAGAUUUUAGGGCUCAAAGCUAUUGAAGCCAAGACUUAAAGAGGAGAAACUCUUUUUGUCUUGCUUCAAAGAGGCAGAUUAUCUGUCUUCAUUAUUGUUGAAGGUGCAAGAUGAUUAAAUGAAGCAGUAACCAGCAUGUAUGAUCAAAUUCAGUAUUUAAUAUGAAGUUAAUACUGGAAAAUGUGAAAGUCUAGAAGUCUUAGAUUGUCCCAAGAAGCAGUUAAAUGGAAAUUAAUGGAUACAAAGCAGGAAAGUAUUAUUCCAUGUCCUGAAAUAUAGGUUCUUUCCUAAUUACUUCCAUUUAAACUGCUCUCAUUGGAGGGUACCUUCUGAAGCAAAGUUGCAAACUGUUAACUCCUGAAAUGAACUUACUGUUGAAUUCCAAACACUUUCACAAUCUGUAACGGCACAUCAGAUUUGAUCAGUCAUGCAUAAACCUUGCUCUUUUGAAUAAUUAAUGCAUCAGAGAAGAUUUCAUUCCAUUUCACUUUGCUUUUUAAUAGGAAUUUAUCUUGAGUUAUUUUUUGCUUUGUGAAAUAAACGAUUUUGUUAUAAUAUAGAAAUCAGAUUGUAAUGUAUCCUCCUUACAAAUGCUAUUACAUCUUUCUUAUCUUCCAUACAUGCCUUAUAUUAAGGUUUGCUAGAAAACAUCAUGGCAGUACUAGCUUACAUGUGUAGGGAAAGAAACUAUAUCUUGAGUACAACUCGUGUAUCUGUAGAAAAUAAUUAUUUUCAGCUUCGCUAAUUGCUUAUGAAACCAGGAGGUCUUUUUAUUUGUAAAUGAUUUGUAAUCAAUACUCUUUGAGGAAGGAACAAAGUUUCUCUCUUAUUAAAGAUGUAAUUAUUCUUGCUGUAAUUAAGGUAUGUAACGAAGAAUGUUACAUAAUGGGAUUUAUGCCAUGUUCUCUGAUGUACAUCUAUAAGUCCGAUUUUCAUCUCGCAGCAGGCUAAUGUGUGCACUGCUUCCUGACAUAGGCCUAUUUGAAGAAAAAAAAAACAUAUCUUGAUGUCAAAUAUGAUUAAUAAGGAACCAACUUUUAACUAAACUUGAUAGCAGAAAAGUAGGUCCAAAAAUUUGGCAAUACACAUACACGAAUUGUUAGAUUUAAUUUGCAAUAUUUUAGGUGAUCAAUAAGCACUGUAGACUAUCUUGCACCAGAUUUUCGCUCAAUUUGUGACAGCAUUUUAAGUUGGUCAUCUUGAGAAUGGAGGGAAAGGUUAGUGUUGAUUUUUAUCAUCAGAUCAUGAGUUCUCUGAUAUGAUCAGUUCAGGUGACAUGUAUUUGCACACACUAUUCACCCCCAAACUUUCGUGAAGCAAAUGCAAACAUUUAUCAAAGAUAAUUGCAAUGCAAUAAAAUAUUGAUGUCAUAAUUUGUUCUCAAAAUUGCAUCAAAAAAUAAGCAACUGACAUGAUUAUAUUCAUGCCAAUUUAUGUUGUCUAUUUUAAAGCAGAGCUUUCUAGCACAUGUAUGUCAUUAUAUAAUGUUCACACACUAUUUGGGCAUGAUAUCUAUAGUAAUCAACAUUGUAUUCGUUUUUGUAUUUGAAAAACAAGUCUUUUUUUUAUGUAUGCCCAACAUGUCAUUUAAUGAUUUCCAGUAGGUUUUUUUUGUUGCUAUAAGCUACCUUUAAAAGGUAGAGAGAAUAAAGAAUUUCUUUAGGAAAUAGAUUUUUAAAAGCU